AUGGCUAAUAAAGAAGUAACUGUAUUUGUUAUUGAUUUAGGACAUCAAAUGGGCGAUUUUCAAGAAGGACGAGAACAAUGUGAUCUUGAAUGGGCACUUAGUUAUUUUUGGGAUAAAAUUUCGUCAAAAAUAUUUUCUGGGCGAAAAACAGAUUGUGUAGGGGUGAUUGGGUUUAAAACAAAUGAAACGAACAAUGACAUGGAAGAUGAUGAAUUUUAUAAAAAUAUUUCUGUUUUAUGUCCUAUUCAACAAAUCACAAUAAAACAAAUAAAAGAAUUAAAAAAGCAAUUAGUCCCUAGCAAUACGAAUAUUGGUGAUGCUAUUUCAGGUAUAAUUAUUGGCAUUGAUCUGAUAUCAAAAUACUGUGGAAAUCUCAAAUAUAUUAAAAAUCUUAUACUUAUUACAAAUGGAAUGUCAUAUAUGGAUUUUUCAGACUCGGAAAAAAUUGCAUACCAAGUUAAACAUAUGUCUAUAAAUAUUUCAAUUUUUGGCAUUGACUUUGACAGUUAUUCAUAUGGGUAUAAAGAAGAUUUCAAAAGCAUUAUAAAAAUGAAUAAUGAAAAAGAACUCUUAAAGUUUGCAAAUAUUUGCAAUGGAACUUUUGCUUCAAUGAUUGAAGUUAUAAAUUCUCUUAAUACAUCUAAUUUUAGAAAAGUUCAUCCUGUAUCAUUAUUUAAUGGAACAUUAACUAUAGGAGACCCUCAAAAUUAUCCUGAUGUUGUUGAAAUUAUGAUUCAAAGGUAUCCUCGUACUAGAUUAGCAAAAAUGCCUAGUGCACAUAGAUAUAAUGUUUUAAAAAAAUCACCUAAACCUACUAAUUAUACUGAGCAAUUAACACAGACAAGUACUAAUUCAAAUAAUGAUAAUAAAAAUGAAUAUUUCAGUGAAAUUUUAACUACAAAAAACUAUAAGAUAGAAGAAAAUGGCUCAGAAAAAGAAAUAUCUAAAGAAGAUCUUGAAUUAGGAUAUGUUUAUGGAAAAACAAUAAUUCCAACUAGUAUUAUAGUUGAUGAAUUAAAAUACAAAACAAAUAUUCAAUUAACAAUACUAGGAUUUAUAAAAAACAAAUCAUUCCCUCGGUUUAUGGCCAUAGGAGAAUCAAAUAUAAUUGUUCCAGCUAAAACGAAUUUAAAUUCAAAAAUUUCAUUGUCUUCUUUAAUACAUGGAAUGUUAAAAACUAAUACUUUAGCAUUAGCAAAAAUUGUUACAAAAACAGAUAAAUGUCCUGAAAUGAUCAUGAUAGCACCAUCUAUUGAAAAUGAAUUUGAGUGUUUAAUAGAGCUUCCUUUACCUUUUGCUGAAGAUUGUAGAAAUUUCAAGUUUCCAUCUAUGAAAAAAUACCAAAUUUCUAAUAUAGAAACAAAUUCUUCUAUUGAAAAUAUUGAUAGUCUAAUGGAAAAAUAUGUUACUAAAAUGGAUUUAUCUAAUACUGUUUCAGAUACAUAUAUUCAAAAAACAAAUUUAUUAGAAUCAAAAUAUAUACAUAAUAUGGCAAUAUAUCGUCUUAAUCAAGCAAUUUCUCAUAAUGCAAUAUACCCUAACUCAGAACUACCAAAUUUACUACCAAAAAUAAAACACUUUAUGUAUCCUUCUAUUAAUCUUUUAAAAACUUGUGAAGAAGAAAUAGAAAAGCUUUCAAUACUUUGUAGCAAUGAAGAAAUUUAUUCAUCUAAUACUACAAUAAAUUAA